AUGCUACUACUUCAGGCCAUGCUUCACGAGGUUAACAGCUACAUUCGCAGUUUCAAAUAUGCUUUGGAAAAUGCUCCCUUUCCUUCCUUCAGCAUUGUAAUUGACGCCGACAAACGGCCUUAUGAUGAACACGAACGCCGCUACAAUGCUCCUGCGUGCAACGAAAGGCGGCGCUCUUCGCAGGACCAUCGAUCAUAUGACGCAUUGCAGUACCCUUUACUUUUCCCUUAUGGUGACGAUGGCUACCACUUCGGUACUCCCCUUCAUACUCCAAGUGGCCAAUCUACAACGUCUCCCAAAGCCUUAUCUUGCGCCUUCAUGACGAGUUCGCUCGAAUUUUGCUAUAUCCACAAGUUCCAUCAUACUACGUUUGGGCGAACAAUAUUUGGAGUCGCAGGAAGUCUGGUAUUAAGUUUGACACCUGUUUUGGUUGGGUCACCAAAUCAGCAGGAGUGCUUCUUCCACCGGCUUCUGCUUCAAGAGGUUGUUGGGUCGACAAGCUUCGAGGCCAUUCGUACUGGUGACGGCGUCGUGUGCAACACCUACCGACAGGCUUGCCUUAAACAUGGCCUUUUGGAGGAUUAUUCUCAAUGGGAUGCUGCUAUGGCAGAGGGAACUCUCUUACAGGCACCUGCGACCCUUCGAUCCUUAUUCGUGAUCUUAAUAGUAAGACGCGAAAUAAGUGACCCCCCGAUUUAUGGGCUAAGUGACUUUCGACAAACACUGCCUGUCAUUCCUAAAGAGACAAGGGCCGAUGCUGUUCGUGCGUGCCUUAAGUCGUCCAACCUCUGGGCCCAUGUCCAGUCAUUGCAUCUGACCACCAACAUGCGCGCUCAUACUACUGGGGACAACGGGUCCGCUGAUUUUUCAAGGUGCCUUUUAACCCUCGGGGAGGGCCGAACGCCAUCAGACGCAGAAGGCUACAUUAACGUGGGAACAGUGUUCAGUUGUUGA